ACCAUGAGCAUUAAAUUCUCCCACUCUCUCUCUCUCUUCUGCUUCCAAAUCGCUUUACUCUCUCUCUCUCUGCUACCUUAGUACCUUCGCCGGAGAAGAAGCUCUCGUUCCUCGUCUCUUUCUCAAUCCCAACUCUCUACGUUCGACUCCGCUCCGCACUGUGUGAAGAAGAUCUCGAGCCGCAUUUGGUGGAUCUGUGAAAAAUCGCGUUAAACCCCACUCGACCCUAGGGUUUUGUGUUGGGGGAAGAAGUCAAUCAACGUCUCGGAAGUUAUGGUUAGACGUCUGAUUCUGGACGAUAGGCUUCGGAGAGCCUCUGGAGUGCGCUCGGAGGUUUGGUGUCUCCGUUGGUGGUUUUAGAGUAUCGGUAAAGAUGCGGAGCUUUGCGAUGAUGCUUCUGCUCCUUGUUCAUUCUCUCGCCUCCUUUCCCUUAUGCUUUGCAGCUAGGCUAUUUCCUCCUAUGAGCUUGCCAUUUACCCGAUCAAAAUCGCAUCAAAUUCACUUUUUUCAUCCUCAUCCUAAUCCAUCUCUUGCUCCUGCACCUUCGCCAGCUCUUCUCCCUAACCAAAGACACAGGGGUCAUCACCAUCAUCGUCGUUGGCACUUAAGACGCAACGUGACUGCAGUUUCACCUUCCUCACAUGACUGUCAACAGACAUGCGUGGAGCCUCUUACUCCAACUCCCUUUGCCUCACCUUGUGGUUGUGUUUUCCCCAUGAAAGUUCAGCUUCUGCUAAGUGUCGCGCCUAUUUCUAUUUUCCCCGUCAUCAGCGAGUUAGAAAUUGAGGUUGCUGCUGGAACAUACUUGGAGCAAAGCCAAGUCAAAAUAAUGGGUGCAAGCGCCGACACUGAAAACCAAGGCAAAACAGUGGUGGAUAUUAACCUUGUUCCACUUGGGGACAAAUUCGACAAUACUACGGCCACCCUUAUUUACCAAAGGUUCCGCCACAAGAAAGUGCCUCUAAAUGAGUCUGUCUUUGGUGAUUAUGAGGUGACCCACAUAAGUUAUCCAGGAACUCCUUCUUCACCAUAUGGAGACAUUGUGGAGGGUGUUCCAAGUGCAAGUACUGGAGGGCUUCCAGUCACUGCAAUCUUUGCCAACAAAAGCCAGGGAAUAGGUUUUAGAACGAUUGCAAUCAUUGUCUUGUCAGGUUUCGUGCUCGCUCUGGUUUUGGCUGGAGCUAUGUUUGUAGUCAGGAAGUGGAAUGACGUUGGGAGGUCAUCCACUGCUGUUGGCCCUGCAUUGCCUCCAUCAGUUAACAAAAGGCUUGGGGCUGGAUCUAUGUUUUCCAGUAGCGCCAGAAGCUCGGGAUCAGAUUCACUGACGUCGUUGAUGGCUACAUGUGCUUUGUCCGUCAAGACCUUCACACUUUCCGAGCUCGAGAAGGCAACUGAUAAAUUCAGUGCCAAGAGGGUUUUGGGCGAGGGAGGAUUUGGUCGUGUUUAUCAGGGCAGCAUGGAAGAUGGAACCGAGAUUGCAGUUAAACUGCUAACUAGGGACAAUCAGAAUCGAGACCGUGAAUUUAUUGCAGAAGUCGAGAUGCUAAGCCGUUUGCACCACCGCAAUCUUGUGAAACUGAUUGGAAUAUGCAUUGAAGGCCGUACACGCUGCUUGGUUUACGAGCUCGUCCACAAUGGGAGUAUCGAGUCCCACUUGCACGAAGGAACGCUUGACUGGGAUGCGCGGUUGAAGAUUGCACUCGGAGCAGCAAGAGGACUGGCCUAUCUCCAUGAAGAUUCGAAUCCCCGAGUAAUCCACCGGGAUUUCAAGGCCAGCAAUGUUCUCCUAGAAGAUGACUUUACCCCAAAGGUAUCAGACUUUGGACUGGCAAGAGAAGCUACCGAAGGAAGUCAACAUGUUUCCACUCGAGUCAUGGGGACCUUUGGGUAUGUAGCCCCUGAGUAUGCAAUGACGGGUCAUCUACUUGUGAAAAGCGAUGUCUAUAGUUACGGCGUGGUUUUACUCGAGCUUCUCACCGGUAGGAAACCGGUUGACAUGUCUCAACCUUCGGGAGAAGAAAACCUUGUGACGUGGGCGAGACCUUUACUAGCCAACAGAGAGGGGCUGGAGCAACUGGUUGACCCCACAUUGGCUGGGACCUACGACUUUAAUGACAUGGCUAAAGUGGCUGCGAUUGCAUCCAUGUGCGUCCACCAAGAGGUUUCACACAGACCGUUCAUGGGUGAGGUGGUGCAGGCACUGAAACUUAUAUACAACGAUGCAGAUGAGACAUGUGGUGGGGACUAUUGCAGCCAGAAGGAGUCAUCAGUGCCGGACUCUGCAGACUUCAAAGGCGAUCUGGCUCCCUCGGAUAGCAGCUGGUGGAAUUUGACACCUCGGUUAAGGUACGGUCAAGGGUCUUCGUUCAUAACCAUGGAUUAUAGUUCAGGACCGCUUGAGGAGAUGGAGAACCGGCCUCACUCUGCUUCGAGCAUUCCAAGAGGAGGUCUGUUUCAACCAAACAGGUCGGGUCCGUUACGGCCAGCUAGAAGUAGAAGAAACUUCUUUAGAUUGAGAAGAAGCAUGAGCGAACACGGUGGACCAUCAUCAUCUAGACAUCUCUGGUCCGGGAAUGGCGACUAGUUCUGAUAAACCAGAAAAAUGUACAGUGAAGAAAAGGGCUCACAACUCUUGAGCUGCUAUGGUCAGGUUUGGUUUAAUCCAGCUUGGUUUGACAUUCCGGUUAGGAGUUUCUCUUUGUUUUUGUUUUUGUUUUCCAGAUUUUCAGCAGAUAUAUUUAAUUGUUUGUUUUUGCGAGGAUGCAAAAGCAACGGCACAGGGAGGGAGGGUUUGUAGUUGACUAACGUCUGUGUCUUUUCUUCUUCACCACCAAAAAAAAAGAAGUUAAUUUUUUUGGUUAAUGAAGUUAGUGUUGCCUAAUUUUGUAUUAGUAUUAUUAACGGUUUAAGCUUUUAUAAUAUACAUAUAUUUAUAGAUGUAAAGUAUUUUGACCCAA